AUGUCCGUCGUCACCAAGGUCCACGCCCGCCAGGUUGACAUCACCACCGCCAAGGGUCUCUUCCGUGCUGAGGUCCCCUCUGGUGCCUCCACCGGUGCCCACGAGGCUCACGAGUUGAGGGACGGUGGUAAGGACUACGUCGGCAAGGGUGUCACCAAGGCCGUCAAGAACGUCAACGAGAUCAUCGCCCCCGCUCUUAUCGAGUCCAAGCUCCCCGUCACCUCCCAGAAGGAGAUUGAUGACCUCCUCAUCAAGCUCGACGGUACCCCCAACAAGGCCAAGCUCGGUGCCAACGCCAUCCUCGGUGUCUCCAUGGCCGUCUCUGAGGCCGGUGCCGCUGACAAGGCCGUCCCUCUCUACGAGUACCUCGCCGAGCUCGCCGGUGUCAAGCCCCCUUACGUCCUCCCCGUCCCCGCUUUCAACGUCAUCAACGGUGGUUCCCACGCCGGUAACGCUCUCGCCUUCCAGGAGUUCAUGCUCCUCCCCACCGGCGCUUCUUCCUUCUCUGAGGCCUUGAAGAUGGGUUCCGAGACUUACCACACCUUGAAGAAGGUCAUCACCAAGAAGUACGGUAUCGACGCCGCCAACGUCGGUGACGAGGGUGGUUUCGCCCCCAACGUCUCUGGUGCCGAGGAGUCUCUUGACCUCCUUACCGAGGCCAUCAAGCAGGCCGGUUACACUGGCAAGGUCCAGAUCGGUCUCGAUGUUGCCUCUUCCGAGUUCUUCAAGGACGGCAAGUACGACCUCGACUUCAAGAACCCCAACUCUGACGCCUCCAAGUACCUUACCGGUGAAGAGCUCGCCAACCUCUACCACUCUUACGUCGAAAAGUACGACAUUUGCUCCAUCGAGGACCCCUUCCACGAGGACGACUUUGACGCCUGGGCCGCCUACAACAAGACCGCCACCAUCCAAAUCGUCGGCGACGACCUCUUGGUCACCAACCCCCAGCGAAUCAAGACCGCCAUCGAGAAGAAGGCCUGCAACGCCCUCCUCCUCAAGAUCAACCAGAUCGGCACCAUCUCCGAGUCUAUCCAGGCUGUCCAGCUCUCGCAGUCUAACGGCUGGGGUGUCAUGACCUCUCACCGAUCUGGUGAGACCGAGUCUACCUACAUUGCCGACCUUGCUGUCGCGCUUAGGACUGGUGAGAUCAAGACUGGUGCUCCCUGCCGAUCCGAGCGUGUUGCCAAGUACAACCAGCUUCUCCGAAUUGAGGAGCGUCUCGAGGGCAACUCUAUCUUUGCCGGUGCCAAGGGUCUCUCCAGGGGUACCACUGCUCCCGAGCUCCACUCUGCCUAA